AUGACCAUCUCCUCCAAAGGGCCGCAGUGCUGGGAGUGUCUGCGCCGCAACUCGCCAUGCGACGGAAAGACCCCGAUAUGCGGCAACUGCAGCUCUGCCGGCAUGGUCUGUCCCGGCUUCACCAACAAUCGGCCGCUCACAUGGCUGCGCACCGGCAUGGUCUCGCGGAUUCAGAAGGGCAAGCCCGCAGCCCGGCCGAAUGCGACGGCUGCGGCGCGAGACUCGAGGCGGCGCAGCUCCCUGAGCACCUCGAGCACCUCGAGCGCGAUAAUACCAUCGCCAAAGUCGAUAACGAGCACGCCGCCGCGGUCUCGGGUGAGGAGAAAGGCGGCUAGAAGCGAUCGAGGCAGCGAUGCUGGCACUCCCUCGGGGGCAUCAUCCUCUGGCUGUAGUAGUGGUGAUUCCCCUCCGGAUUCGAGCUCAAAUUCAACGGCAGUCGCCAGUAAGGCCAUCAGUAGUAGAGAUGGCGAUGAAGAUGAAGAUGGAGGCUCUUUGCAGAGCAUAGCAGAUCCGAGACAUCAGCUUGUUGCCUGCAGGAAUCGAUCUGGAAACAGCCCUGCGGAUGGCGCUAUGCAGAUCCAUGUCACGGCCAUUCCUCCCGACCUAAGACCGCAGGAUUGGGACUAUAUCGACGCCAUUAAGAUGUACAACAACCAGCUGCUGCCAAGAUUGCGCUCACGGCAGAUUAUACAGAAUCCCGCUUGGGUGGUCGAACUAAAUGGCGAUGCCCUCCAGUCUCUCUCGGUUGCAAACCGGCACUGCUUUCUUGCUAUUGCGGUGGGCUAUCACAUUAUGUAUGUGACGCUAAAGAACAACCUCAGCCUGGAACCCGCAACUACUGGGCCGGCGGCUCAUUUGUGGUGGAAAUUCUAUCUUCACAUUAAUACAUCUAUAAGCGCUCUCAAUGAUGAUAUACAGCAGAGCUUCCCAAAUAUUCUCAGCCUAUUCUCUAGCAUGGCGCACUUGAUGAGUGCGGAUAUCUUGCUCUUUAAUUCAAAUUCAUGGCGCGUUCAUGCCGACGCCUAUCUCUUACUAAUAAAACUCUGCGGCGGCCUAAAGAAGCUGAUGAACUCUUCCACAACCCCGUUGCUGAUGCAAAGCUUUGUCAUCGGCGUCACUGUGUUCAACACCACCAGCCCGAGCAAUGAGCAGAUGGUUGAUGCCUGCAACUUCGACGUUGACGAUGUCAUGACCAUAUACGAACUUGGCAGCAGCCCGCUAUUCUACUGCCCUGCGCCCUUAUUCAAGGAGAUGUUCCUCAUCAACCGUCUCCGCCUCGAGGCCGCAGUCUCCGGCGGCGAUUCCAAACCCAGUCUUUGCGGCGUGCUUGAACGAAUCGACGCAUACCCGAUCCAAGUCUUGACCGAUUGCAUGGACCGCAAAAAAGCCAAAGAUCUUCACCUCGUCUCGUUGCUUUUCAAAUCCGCAGUGGCCGUCUUUGGCUCCAUGACGCUGCCUUGUACUUCCGAGUGCUCCUCUCGCACGCCAUGCGCAGAGCUUCAGAAAACCCACCGAGAGCAUCUUUUGCAUCUUCUUGAUGCCUCGUCCGAAUUCAUGCCGCUCCUCGACCAUAUAUUGUGGCCGGUGAUAGUGGCUGGCGCUGCCGCAGCCACUGAGUCUGUGGAAAGCCAGAUGCUGGUGGAGAUGUACUUGCUGAAUAGCGUGCGGGAUCCCUACACGGGAGGGUGCACCAGGGUCGCGUUGGCGACGAUGAGGAACUUUUGGGCUUCAGGGAAGACGAAGUGGGACGAGUGCUUUGACAAGCCUCAUGCUUGGAUGAUAUAG